GGCAGUUUCCAUCGGAAGGAGAUCAACUGCAACAGUCCAAAUCCUGCUGCACUGCACAAUACUGGAAGUCGCAGAGAAUCCUGCGCCGAGGCACACCAAACCCAGCCCGAGAUCCAAAGCCCGCACGCUGAUCCCAGCCACCAUCACAUCACUCGCAGUCUCGCUCUCAGCUGAUCCUCAGCUCUCGCCAGCCGCCGCCCAACGAAUCACCGAUCGGCCCCGAGCCAGCAGCAGCGCCAGUGUCCGGUCUCCGCUCACUGACUCACGCGACCGCACCCCCGCUCAGCCCAACAGCCGUCAUGCCACCACCGUCCUCCCUGCUCCCCCUCCUCCUCCUGCUCGCCGCCGUCGCCUCCACGCGGCUCGCCCCCGCCGUGUCUAAGUCCACGCUCGAGUCCUGCGCCUCGUCCACCGCCUGCCCCGCGCUCCUCUCCUACACCCUCUACGCCGACCUCAAACUGGCCGAGCUCGCCGCGCUCUUCUCGGCCGACCCGCUCGCCAUCCUCGCCGCCAACGCCAUCGACUUCGCCGUGCCCGACCCCGCUGACCGCAUCCUCCCCGCGGGGCUCCCGCUGCGCGUGCCCGUGCCCUGCGCCUGCUCCGACGGCAUCCGCAAGGCCACCUCCGUCCGCUACGUGUCCCGCCCGGGGGACACGCUCGCGUCCAUCGCCACCGCGGUCUACGGCGGGCUCACCACAGCGGACUGGAUCCGGGCCUCCAACGGCAUGCUCGACGACGCCGCCCUCGACGCCGGGACCACGCUGUUCGUGCCGCUCCACUGCGCGUGCUUCGGCGGCCUCGACAAUGGCGCGCCCGCGGUGUACCUGACGUACGUGGUUGGAAAGGACGAUACCGUGGCCACCAUCGCGCAGCGGUACCGGACCACGGCCAACGACCUGAUGAGCGUCAACGACAUGGCUACCGCCGACGUCGCCGCCGGGGACAUCGUCGUCGUCCCGCUGCCUGCGUGCGCCUCAUCAUUCCCCGCGUUCACGUCUGACGUCGGCCUAACCGUGGCGAACGGGACCUACGCAAUCACUGCCAACCGCUGCGUCCAGUGCAGCUGUGGCCCGGGCAACCUGGACUUGUUCUGCGUGCCGGCGCCGUUGGCGGACUCGACGUGCUCGAGCAUGCAGUGCAGCAACAGCAGCAUGAUGCUCGGCAACUUCACGCUCCUGAUGACCAGCGCCGGGUGCAGCGUCACGUCCUGCAGCUACGGUGGAUACGUGAACGGGACGAUUCUCACCGCGCUAACCACGUCACUGAAGCCUCAAUGCCCAGGCCCGCACCAGUUUCCCCCGCUGAUCCCGCCGCUGACAUCGUCCUUCUUUGAGACGUACCUCGGCCCGUCGCCGACGCCGAUGCCAUUCGAAGGAGGCAUUGGUCCGCAGAUGGCUGGCACGGCGCCGACAAGCAGCCCGCCGGCGAGUUCUGGCCCUCCCCCAGCAGAUCGCCACGUCGGUAGCGUUCUCGCGCUGCUCGCUCUCUGCCUCGUCGCCCAUUUGCUGCGGUAGCUGAGCGGUCAGAACCGAGCAGCACUGCGAGUGAACCUGAUGUGGAAUGGAUGGAUUGUUGGCGUCCAAUAAUCGAAGCUGUCGAUUGGUUUUCUUGUACAGGAGCGGCCAGCAUUUUUAUGGGCUCUGCGUUGUGCCAAAUUUUGAUGUUUCUCGUUUGGUUGGUCCUUCAUGUAAAAUCGCGGAAACAAGCCUUAGCAUAAUUUCUCUAGCACGAUUGCAUUGUUUUUCUUCUCA